UUACUGCUUCAAGGCCCAGCCAGGCUCGCCACCAGGAGAGUGUGAGCUUGAAACUGUGCCCGGGGAGUGUGCCGAAGGCCGACCAAACAAAUCAGAGCAAAAAUCUGAAAUCCGGUCAGAAACCAAGUCCGACGUGAGCGUGAGGACUGAAGCCGCGGGGCCGAGGUCAGGGUCCGCUGAGGCGGAUACCGACCUCACUGUACCUGGGUGUCCCCACAUAUCACUCCCGGCUCCUCCCAGCGAGCUCCCCCUGCAGCACCGGAAUGCCAGCUGAAGCCAACCCCAGCAAUCAGGCUCCGUUAGAGGGCAGCAUCAAUACCUUCGCACCUGUCAUUUCAUCUGCUUCUGGGAGAAGAUGCAGCACCGAGAAUUGGAUGCAACUCACACCAUGGCGUCUGACUGGUAUUUUCAUUAAUGGAGUCACGGAAAACAACAAUAAAAGCUGGGAGACAUUGUUGCAUCUUCCAAUGUCGAAUGUAACUGGAAUGGAAGUCGAAAACCAGAGGAAAACUUCUUUAGAUGAAAAGGAGGUGUUUGAAAGACAGAUUAAGACUUUAGAAAAUCAGAGAAAAGAGCUUUUGGAGAUAAACAAGCAGUGGGAUCAUGAGUUCAGGAACAUGAAGGCACUGUAUGAGCAAAAGCUCAAGGAAAAGUUCACCAAAUAUCAGCAGUCCCUGAGUGCCCUGGAGAAAGAACUGGACCAGAAGCAGAGGGAUUUCGAUAAGAAGCUGCUGCUAGCUAAAGCCAGACUUGAAACAGCAGAAGAAGAAAAGCAGACACUAAAUGCAAAAUUGCUUGAAGCUGAAGAACAAAACAAGCAUUUACAACAAUGUCACUCUUCGACAACCAAACAGAAAGAAUAUUACGAGCAUGAAAUUGCUCGUUUGAAUAAGGCUUUGUCCGAUGCUUUAAGAGAGCAGAAUAUUUUCUGCAUGCCGCACAGUUUUGAUAGAACAGAAACAGUAGGAAAAUCUCGUCCUGAAGAACUGACAACACAGAUUGAGGUCCUAAAGCAACAGGUGCAGAUAUUUGAAGAAGACUUCCAGAGAGAAAGGUGUGAUCGGGAAAGAAUGAAUGAAGAAAAAGAAGAACUGAAGAAAAAAAUUGAGCAGCUACAAACAAAACUCACAUUACUUAAUACACGGCUUAAAACUUAUGAAGAAGACUUCAUAAAAGAAAGGAAGGAAAAGGACUUACUGGGGAAGAAACUGAAGAAACAGGCCAGGGAGUUUUCACAGUCACCUGCCACCCCUUGCCUACCAGUUGCUUAUGCACCCUGUGCACCGUGUGUUAACUAUGGACAUACCUCUUUUGGAAUCCCCAUCCACUAUCCAGGCCCAGCAAUUCUAACGGCACAGACAGCAAACAGAGGCUAUCAGCAUCCUAUGCCAGAAUAUCCCUGGUAUGUUCCAUACACCAACCAGCCUUCGUCAGAUCAGCAAAACAGUCAAAACUGCAGGUCAAAAGAUGUUACCUCAGCAAAAAGAAAUCCAGAAUAGCAACUUGCAGAGUAAGAUGAUUGCUGUGACUAUUUAUCAAUAUCUUCAAACAACACUAGGCUUUUUGAGAUCAUUGCUCUGAUGCAGCUGCCCCUAUUAUAAUUUAAUGUACAUUGUUGGCUUCUGCUUCUAAGAGAAACACAUUAAAGAACAACACAAAAGCUUGCCUCCUUCAUUUGUGUCAACAAUAAUAACAAUUUAUACUUGCACAGAUCCUUUAAUGUAUCAAAAGCCCCAAGGCAUUUUACGAGCAUUGUAAGACAAAAUUUGGCACAUAGCCAUAUUCGGAGAUAUUAAGGCAGGCAGAGAUAAGGGCUGAGAAGCAGAGAUCCAUGGAGGGAAUUCCAGAGUUUGAACCUAGCAAGCUGAUGCUGUGGCCUUCAAUAGUGGGAGCAAUAAAAAUUGAGUUGCUUAUGAACUAGAAAGCACUGAACUUAAUCUGUAUAUUCUUACUAUACGUUUUGUUGAGUUUCUUCAGGUUGUAGUUGUGCCUUUAGCUGGCUGGGCUAUCAGCUCUGAAAUUUCCUCCCUUUACCACUCUGGUUGCUCACCUCAAUGAAUGCCUUCCUUAAUUCUCUUUGGUCAUCCAUCCAAAUGUUUCCUCCUUUGGCUCGGUAUUAAUUUUGGCUUUAUUGGAUUCUUGUGAAGUGAAUCACAAUGUUUUACAUUGUUGCAGGCACCACAGAAAUACUGUUGUUGGCGUGCCCCAUUCCAGCACUUCAGUAUAAAACAGGCUGUCACUGCAGUACAAUUAUGAAAGAGUUCAUAGAAUGAUGCAGCAUGGAAACACCCUUCAGCCCAUUGAGACCACAUCAGAGCCCUUCAAGCAGCUAUAUAUACUAAUCGUAUAGUAAUCCCAUUUUAUACCCCCAUGUUCCCAUCAAUGUCCCUUGAUUCUACCAUUCAUCUGUACACUGGGGUCAAUUUACAGCGGCCAAUUAACUUAACAGCUUGCACAUCUUUGGGAUGUGGAAGGAAACCACUGCAUCUGGGGGGAAUCCAUGCGGUCCCAGAGAAAACAUGCAAACUCCACUCAGACAGCACUGGAGGUCGGGAUCAAACCUGGGUCACUGGAACGGUGAGGUAACAGCACUAUCAUCUAUGCCACUGUGCUGCCCUAUUUCAGUAUUGUUGUUCAUGAAAUUGUUUGGAUGUGGCAUUAAACUGACGACUAGUUCUGGCAGUCAGUGACCUCCAUUGUUUCUGAUAGGCUUGUUGGUGUCUAGGUGAAUGUCCCUCCUGAGACCAACACCAGCCAGGCAAGAUUAGCUAGCCAUUCAUCUCAAUUUGUUUGCAGGACUUGGCUGAGUACAAAAUGCCUGUCCCAGUUAGCAGUAAUAUUGUUCUGCAAGUAACUUUGUUCUUUAUGAUAUGUUUCUGGAUCUUUUUUUGAGGGGCAUGAGAUUGUACUCAAAUGUUGCUCUUGUUCAGAUGCUGAUUUGUUCUGUGCUGCAUGUCUUGGUUGCUAAAUGCUUUGCAUUCCAAAUUGUGCAUGAACUGCCAGUAUUGCUGGGGUAUUUAAGUCGGCCAUAUCAAGAUGUUUAAAAUGCUUUGAAACGUUGCCUCCUAGUGGCGGGGUAAGGAAGUUAAUAAACUCCCUAAAUCUGUGGUACUCAGAGUUAAAAAAAUCUUUAUGCACCUCAAUCAUUUUGUGUUAAAUAAAUUUGGGGUAAAAAUUAAUUCCAAAAUUAGUCUCACCUUUUCACUGUUGAUGAUUCUCCAUCUGAGAUGUGUAAUUCUCCACAUUAAGUAGUUCUGGCUGAGUUGGGGAUGGAAGUAAUGGGAUUAAAAUUGUGCAAAAAAAAAUAGUCAAUUUACUAUUUAAGGAGCAAAGGCAACAGAAACUAUAGCAACUUCUCCCAAUAACGCCAGGGAAAUUCCUGUGGAAAAACAUGCUGAGAUUUGAGUAGUUACAUGCAAAUUACAGGCAUAAAUCCAGUCUCAGUCCUGAGUAGCCACCAUGCUCAUUUGGGAGGGUACUUACCCAAUCAUAUCCAUGGUAGGGAAUGGCGUGUUCAAUAUGUGCAGCCUAAGAUUAAACAGAAAUCUGCAGAUACUGAUCAAAGCUGUAAAAUGGAGGGAAAUUUUGUUCAAAUCAUUACGGGCUCUGAGAUUUUAACCUGAUCAAUUCAAUGAUAUUAUUUUGAACUUCAAUUUUCAUUAAGGAAACUUAGUUUUAUUUUUCCAAACAUAUGUAAACCAGAAAAUUUAUCUCAUCGUUCAUUAUGGAUACUGUUGCAUGAAAACAUAUUUCAUUUUCAUUUGCUAUAGAAUAACUACUGCUGUGUUAAUAUUUUUGAAUCAAUCUAUUGUCAUCUUGAUGAAAUGUUUGUGUACAUAUAUUAAACGUAGAACCCUUUGUAACAUAUUGUGACUGUUUAAAAUCAAAUGAUGC